AUGGUGUCUGAGAAGUGGGCUCUGGCAGUUCUGCUGCUGCAGCUCUGUUGCACUGGCUGUGGAUACUGUGGGAAAGUUCUGGUGUGGCCCUGUGACAUGAGCCAUUGGCUUAAUGUAAAGACCAUUCUGGAGGAACUCACAGAGAGAGGCCAUGAGGUAACAGUGUUGACUCCUCCAUAUACUAACCUCAUUGACUACAAGAAGUCUUCUCCACUGAACUUUGAGGUAUUCCAUUUGCCAUAUGACAAGGAAUCAGCUGAGAAUUUAAAUCAUAAAUUUCUGGACUUAAUUUUUAAUGUCUUGCCAAACUUAACACCCUGGCAAUCAGCGAUAAAACUGAAAGACUACUUUGCUGAAAUAACUGAAAGUUUAAAAAUCAUGUGUGAGAGUGUGGUCUACAAUCAGACACUUAUGAAGAAGCUCCAGGAAAGCAACUACAAUGUAAUGAUUAUAGAGCCUGUGAUACCCUGUGGAGAGCUGGUGGCUGAAUUGCUUGCAGUCCCUUUUGUGCUCACAUUAAGAGACUCCAUAGGAGGCAUGAGGGAGAAACACUGUGGGAAACUUCCGGCUCCAUCUUCCUAUGUCCCUGUUCACAUGGUGGGACUAACAGACAGAAUGACCUUUAUGGAAAGAGUGAAAAAUACAAUGCUUUCAGUUUGCUUUGACUUCUGGAUCCAGGAUUAUGAUACUGAUAUUUGGGACCAGUUUUAUAGUGAAGCUUUAGGGAGACCCACUACAUUAUGUGAAACUCUGGGGAGAGCUGAGAUUUGGCUAAUUCGAACAUAUUGGGAUUUUGAAUUUCCUCGUCCAUACUUACCUAAUUUUGAAUUUGUUGGAGGAUUGCACUGCAAAGCUGCCAAAACUUUACCUAAGAAAAUAGAAGAAUUUGUCCAAAACUCAGAUGGUAUUGUAGUGUUUUCUCUGGGUACAAUGAUCCAAAAUCUCACAGAAGAAAAGGCCAAUCUUAUUGCCUCAGCCCUUGCCCAGAUUCCACAGAAGGUUUUAUGGAGAUACAAAGGAAAGAAACCAGCCACAUUAGGAGCCAAUACUCAGCUCUAUGAUUGGAUACCCCAGAAUGAUCUUCUUGGUCAUCCCAAAACCAAAGCUUUUCUCACUCAUGGUGGAAUAAAUGGAAUCUAUGAAGCUAUUUAUCAUGGAGUCCCUAUGGUGGGAAUUCCCAUGUUUGGUGAUCAGCAUGAUAACAUCAUUCACAUGAAGGCCAAAGGAGUAGCUGUAGAGUUGAACAUGAACACAAUGACAAGUGCAGAUUUGCUCAGCGCUUUGAGAACAGUCAUUAAUGAUCCUUCUUAUAAAGAGAAUGCUAUGAAGUUAUCAAGGAUUCACCACGAUCAACCUGUAAAGCCCCUGGACAGAGCAGUCUUCUGGAUUGAGUUUGUCAUGCGCCACAAAGGAGCCAAACACCUUCGGCCAACCGCCCACAACCUUACCUGGUUUCAGUACCACUCUUUGGAUGUGAUUGGGUUCCUGCUGGCCUGUGCAACAACUGCUGUAUUCUUAGUCACAAAAUGUUUUUUGUUUUUUUGUCGAAAAUUAGAUAAAACAGGAAAUAAGAAAAAAAGGGAAUAG